GAGUCAAAACAAUGUUCAGACAGACGGACACCUCGUCCAAGAGACGUCAUGGGGGCAGCGGGGAUCGUAUCCGGGGGGUGGAGGUGGCCAGGGGGAGGGCAGGGUAUGGGUUCACCCUCUCUGGCCAGGGCCCCUGUGUCCUCAGCUGCAUUCUAAAAGGAAGUCCGGCGGACUACGUGGGUCUCCGCUCCGGUGACCACAUCCUGUCCGUGAACGACAUAAACGUCUCCAAGGCGUCGCAUGAGGACGUCGUCAAGCUGAUUGGCCGAUGCACGGGGGUUCUGCACCUGGUCGUCGCCGAGGGAGACCGGGGAGGCCGUCGUCACGGACACGGUGGUACCAACCGCAACCGUCGCCACGGAAACAAUUCAGGAAGUCCAGCCGGAGGAGCGGCAGCUGCCGCGGACUCGUGCUCCAGCGACGAGGAGUUGUGUGGUUUCCAUAACAACAGCAGCAGAGGCGGCAACAACAACAACAGCGUGAAGCCGGGUUCUCGCGGUAACAGCGCCAGCGGUGGUGGUGGUGGAGGAGGAGGGGGUGGUGGUUGGUUCAAGCCCAAGCUGGACUCUAAAACCCUGGGUAUUAACAGGGCAGAGAGGGUGGUGGCGGAGAUGCAGUCUGGAGGAAUAUUCAACAUGAUCUUUGAUAACUCUUCACACUCCUCCAGCAGCUCGGAGAAAGACAGGGUCAUCGCUCCUCCUCCUCCUCCUCCCCGUGCCUCCUCUUCCUCCUCUGCGUCGGCCAAGCCUGCGAGGCCCCUGUCAGAACCAGAGUUCCCCCCGUACCAUAACGGCCGGGGCCGGUCCCGCAGCAACCCCAACCUGCUCUCUGAGGAGGAGAUGGCCAGGGUUCUAAUGACCGAUGACUCCGUGUUCCUAGACGGGUUCCAUCUGCAGGAGGCAGAGGUCCAGGUGGAGGUGGAAGGGGAGGACUUCUGCCUGGAUCCCAGCGAGGGUAUCCUGAACGUGGGUAUGAUGGUAGGGUACCUGGGCUCCAUAGAGCUGGCCUCUACAGGGGCUAGUCUGGAGAGUGACAGUCUGCAGGCCAUCAGAGGAAGCAUGAGACGACUCAGGGCAGAACAGAAGAUACACUCCCUGGUCCUCAUGAAGGUGAUGCACGAUUGUGUGCGGCUGUGCAGUGACAGGAGACAGGUCCUUGCUACCUACCCUGCAGAGAAGCUAGCCUUCAGCGCCUGUUGCCCCGACGACCGACGCUUCUUCGGACUGGUCACCAUGCAGGCUUCCCAUGACGACGACGGUCACUAUGGCAAUGGUAACCGGGAGGAAGAGGGCGGGCUGAGGACUUCCUGUCACGUGUUCAUAGUCGACCCCGAACUCUGUCAUCACCAGGUCCAUGUGGGUGUGGCCAGGAGGUUUGGGUUUGAGUGUACCCCAGACCAUGACACAGGGGGGUGUCUGGAGUUCCCCCUGACCUCCCAGCCUCUACUGCAGUUUGUGUCUGUCCUCUACCGGGACAUGGGGGAGAAUAUUGAGGGGGUCCGGGCGCGGGCGUUCGUCGAUCCGGACAACGACCCGCAGCAGAACCACAGCACCAGCAGCAACAGCGACAGCGGCAUCGGUAACUUCCUGCCAGAAGAGAAGAGUAACCGUGUCUUAUUGGUCGACCUGGGAGGCCAUAACCACAACCAUAACCCUGGUCCACGCCACUGGGACAGCCCUCCUCCUCCCUCGGCCCAGGGCUGGAACCAAGUCCCUCCCGGUGUCAACCCUGGCCCCCCUCUCCCCCCUCCUCCUCCCCCGCACCACAACAACGGCUACCUCGCCGACCUCCCCCACCCUCUCCCCCCUGCCAUCCCCCCUCGGGGGGCCCACUCCUCCCACCCCUCACUCCACCACUACCCGCCAGGGAAGAGGGGAGAUAGAGGGGGAGGAUCUGGAGGAGGAGGCGGAGAGCAGAGCCUGGCCCAGACCCAGCAGCACCAUCAGUCUCAACGCUGGUUACCGGUCCAUGUCCUGAGAGACUGGAGACAACCAGGCCAGGCAGGACAGACACGGGGACAAGGCGUUGGACCAGGGCUGUGUAGCGAUCAGGAGUCCUACGCUGAGUCAACAGACGGCUGGUCGUCAGCUAACUGCAGCACCCUCCCUCCACCCAUGAACAAGAUACCUGCCGACCGCUACAGGGCUCCACUACCAGCUGGGGACCUGCCCCUGCCCCCCCAGCCUCCCAGGCUGACCACGCAGAAGGAUGAGUGGGCUAAGAAGCUGUUCGGGCCUGGGGCCGGGGCUGGAGAGAAAGGACUCGGAGAGCCCAAGCAGAAUGGGAAGAGACGUGGAAAUGGGAAAGACGGGGAGAAAAAGGCUGGUCGGUUCAGAGGGCUGACUAAGGGCUUCCCUCCUCUCCCCCAACGCUCCUCAGGGAGACGAUCCUUCGGCCGCUCCAAACACAUCAGCCUGGCACGCUCACUGGAUGACCUGGAGUCCGCCGUGGUCUCUGAUGGAGAGUUGAACAGUGUAGACCUUCAGGGCUGUGGUAGUGAUACCAGUGUGAACAGUAAUGCCAGUCUACCCAGUGUCCAGUGCCAUCGGCGCCACACAGAGAGACGUGUGGCCAGCUGGGCGGUCUGCUUUGAGAGACUACUGCAGGACCCGCUCGGAGUCAGAUACUUCUCAGAGUUUCUGAAAAAGGAGUUUAGUGAGGAGAAUAUUGUGUUCUGGCAGGCCUGUGAGUUCUUCAGCCGUCCUGAGAACGACAAGAAACAGUUAUCCCAGAGAGCUAGAGAGAUCUAUAACAGUUAUUUGUCCAGUAAGGCCACUACACCGGUCAACAUUGACAGUCAGGCCCAGCUGGCAGACGAUAUACUCAACGCUCCCAGACCGGACAUGUUUAAGGAACAACAACUACAGAUCUUCAACCUGAUGAAGUUUGACAGCUAUACUCGUUUCCUGAAGUCCCUCCUGUAUCAGGAAUGUAUGUUAGCGGAGGUGGAGGGGAGGCCUCUACCAGACCCCUGCCAUAUACCCAGCUCUCCUACCUCCAAACACAGCACCGGGUCAGAUAGAUCCACACCCAAGAAGGAGGACAAGAAGACUAAGUCGGGCCGUUCUCUGAACGAGGACAGAGAGAGGGAUGAGUGCGGAGGUGAUAAGAAGAAAGGAAUGUUCUUUUCCUGGUCACAACCGAGCUUCGGGAAAGGACCCAAGAAACGGGAUCUGGCUGACAUCAACUACAACUUCUCGGGCAGUAACGGGCGUCGGGCAUCACAAGGCUCUCUGUCAUCCGGAAACAGCCUGGAACUGGGAAUGUCCGGAUCUGGGAAGAACGAGGGUGGUUCUAUGGACAGAGACAGAGAGCGAGGUGUUGGCUCUUUAACCCUGAGACAGUGCAACAUCAACCUACCAGAUGGGACAUGUUGCUCUGUGCCGGUCAGAGCUGGGGUCUCCAUCAGAGAGCUGCUACAGGGUCUCUGUGAGAAACUCUGUAUCAACCUGGCAGCUGUAGACCUCUUCCUAGUGGGGGGGGAGAAGCCUCUUGUUCUGGAUCAGGACUGUAUAACUCUGUGCUCUCGGGACCUCAGACUAGAGAAACGCACUCUGUUCAGACUGGACUUGGUUCCUAUAAACAGGUCAGUGGGUCUGAAGGCUAAGCCCACUAAGCCAGUGACGGAGGUUCUGAGACCUGUAGUGGCCAAAUACGGCCUCCACCUCAGCGACUUGGUCGCACGCAUCAGUGGGGAGGAGGAGCCUCUAGACCUGGGACUACCCAUCUCUAACCUGGAUGGACUGAGAGUGGUUCUGGAUCUAGCUGACAACACACCUGGGAAGGACAAACAGAUUGUGGCUCCAUCUAAAUCCAAUGCCCCGCCCCCUACGACUAGGAACCAAUCUGCUACGGGGGAUAAGAGGGUGUCAGGGAAGCCCAGCGUGGUGCUCGGCAACGGGAACAAGCCCCACUCCUCUGCCCGAGACGACCGCCUCUUACCCAGCAGCCACCACAACACGGCGGCGCCAAAAAAAGCCCCGCAACAUGAAAAGAGAAAGCAGAAAAAGAUGAAUGUUGACGAAGCUGAAGAACUCUUCCAGCUCAUAUCCAAAGCUCAGUGCAACAGAGCAGACGACCAGCGAGGUCUGUUAAACAAGAGUGACCUGACGCUCCCCGACUUCCUCCGCCUCAACCCAUCAUCUUCAUCAUCAUCAGCCCUUCCUCUUCCUCCCGCCUGCUUCACCCAGCAUGGCCGUGGCGGUGGUAACCAUGACGAUAGUGACAACUACGGCUACAAGGAAAACGGACGUCACGGCAACAAGGAGAAUGGUGGUGCCAUCAGCCAAUCACAGAGCUUGGACUCCUCGCUCGGAACGGGAGGAGGAGGACAGGAGAGAGGAGGAGGAGGAGGAGGAAGACGAGCGCUCCUCCCCCCCUCCCACCGCAACAGACCCCCUCCCCCGUUCCCCGGCACCCUGUCCCCAAUCCACCCCCCCUCCCAGGGGCAUCACCACCUACGAGGCCACCCCACCCCAGACUGCAGGGGCGGGGAGUCAGUCCAGAUGUUAGAGGAAGAAACCCAAUCGGACCUAACCCUGGUGGGAGAAGGGGACAUCAACAGUCCUAACUCCACUCUCCUAACCCCACACCUCUCCUCCUCCACUACCCAUAACCCACCACCUUUCUCCCAACACGACCUCCACGGCUGGCCCAGCUCAGGUACCUCCCCUGUGUGAACUCUGAACUAUGGCCUUUCACCUUUUGAACUGUGUUUCGCCUCUGAACUAUCCUCUCCUCUCUCCGAGGUUGCGUCCCGAAAUGGCACCCUAUUCCCUAUAUAGCGUACUCUUUUUGACCAGA